CGCCGGCAACCGAGCGGAGAGCAGGAGGCGAGGACACGCGCGCGCGCUUUCUCUCGCUCUCUGAGGUGGAGCGCGCGCGCCUUGGCUCGGGGGGCCUCUCUCUCUCGCCUUGAGGAGGCACAACACUGGCUCCGCUACGAGCAAGUCAGAGGAGGAGGAGGAGGAGAAGGAGGAAGGCCCCGAAGGCGCCAUGGAGGAGCUGAGCAGCGUCGGCGAGCAGGUCUUCGCCGCCGAGUGCAUCCUCAGCAAGCGGCUCCGCAAGGGCAAGCUGGAGUAUUUGGUGAAGUGGCGGGGCUGGUCCUCCAAGCACAACAGCUGGGAACCAGAAGAGAACAUUCUUGAUCCCAGGCUGCUCCUGGCCUUUCAGAAGAAAGAACAUGAGAAAGAGGUUCAGAAUCGGAAGAAAGGCAAACGGCCCAGAGGCAGGCCUAGAAAAAAUGUGGAACCAGAGGUACCUUCAAAGAGCAAAUCCAGCAGCUCUUCCUCCUCAAGCUCCUCUUCAUCUUCUUCAUCUGAGGAAGAAGAUGAAAGUGAUCUGGAGACAAAAAGAGGUCAACGGAGCAGAGAGAGUCACCCAGUGCCUCAGAAGAAGGCUCAGAUUCUGGUGGCCAAACCUGAGAACAAGGACACUGUGAGAAAGAAACGUGGGCGGAAACCGCUGCCUCCAGAGCAAAAGGCAGCAAAACGGACUGUCAACCUAACAAAGGUACUUAAAACAAAUCAGAAGGACAUGGGAAGGGGAGGAGGACCCAAACUGAUGAGCAAGAUACCACCGCAACAUAACGCUCAGACUUCUGGCAUUGCCAUGCUUAAAUCCCACAUGAAAGAAGCUCAAGGGGCAUUUGGUGGGUUUUGUUCAGGACCAUCCUCUGCUGACAAUCUCUCUAACAUUGUGAAGAAUGCCUCCCCUGGAAGUCCAAGCUGUGGUAUCAGCUGGCAAAGUUCCAUUGUGCAUUACAUGAGCAGGAUGUCACAGAACCAGAGUUCGGCGGAUGCCUCUACAGUGGGGAGGCUGGCCCUUAAAUCAGCCAUGUCCUGUAAGAGUGGCCUGGGACUGGACUUAAAACUAAAAAACCAGAAAGGAGCUGGGGAUCUGGAGUUGACCAUGCAAGGAUCCAAAGUGACUAAGAGGCCCAAUGGAAGCAGUACAUUGGGAGAACAGAAAACAGGGUAUGGGGGUGGUGCUCAGAAUUUGCACAAUGGCAACAAGAUUCUUGCUGGCAGCCAGUCAGCUACCUCCAAACAGGAGCUCAACCUCCAAGCUUUAAAUCUUCAGAGUGUGAAAAAUGGGCCAAACUCCACUGGCGGUAGCAAUCUUCCUCGCCAUGGUUGUGGGACUGUAUCCAAAAGUGCAAGUGGCACUCUAGCGACAAGCAUAGGUGUGGUCAAGGGCAGUGGGGCUGGUGGCUGUGGCUCAAACGUUGCCAGUGCAGGGGCACCAGCAAUGGACGCAGAUUCUCGCAAAAGUGAGAAGGCUUCACAGAGCACAGCCGUGGCUGAGAAGGAUUUGACAACCAAAAGCCGCCCCCCUUGUGUGAAAGAGGGAUGUCCCACAGCAGAGAACCACAAGACUUCAGCCCUGUCAGAAAUGAGCACCGGAGAAGAGGAGACGAGCUCUGAUUCAGACAGAGACUCGGCUUCUUUCCCUGGGGCAGGCCAAAACAUGUCUGUCUCCAUUCAGACUAGCCAAGACUGGAAGCCCACUCGCAGCCUCAUUGAACAUGUCUUUGUCACAGAUGUGACAGCUAACCUGAUCACAGUGACUGUCAAGGAAUCUCCAACCAGUGUUGGCUUUUUCAAUCUUAGACAUUACUGAGUUCUGAGACAUGCAGGAGAUCUCAAUUUUUAUCUAUCUAUCUAUCACUUUCUUUCUUUCUCUCAUUGACUCUACCUGAUGGUUGCCUUGGAUGUCAGAAAAGAAAAGAGAAAAAAAAGAAAAGAAAACCCAGCUGCUACUGCUUUGUAUAAGCUAGGUGCUAUUAAGCAGUAACUUUUUACUGGGAGGUUCUGUAACUACUGGCCACAGUUAUUUUGAACUUCUCCUCAUUUUCUCUCUGUAAACUCCCUGAAACUUACAGAGCAAUUCUUGGGAACUGAUUUAUUAUGCUGCUGAGAAACAUAUAGAUACACAUCUGUAUGUAAGGAUGGAAUUGGCGAAUUCUUUCAUGAGGGUAUUGCUUUAGUUGCUUAUGUCAACUAAAAACAGAGGGUGUUGGAUAAAGGCUGAUAGCCCAAGUUUAGCUAUAGCUGAACUUCUUAGCUUUAUCAUUCGGAAUGGAAAAAAAUAAGAUACCUGGGUGCCUGGAAACCUCGGGCAGGGGAAAAACAUAAAAGCAACUCUAGUGUGGUAACACUUGUGUUCACCAAAAGAAAUGGUCUUCACUAUCCAAAUCUGACUUUUGUAAGUUCCAAGGACAGUGAAACAACCUCAUCUUCAGUUUGAAUUUUACAUUUAGGAGACCUGGAACGGGAUGUGUGAAGUGAGAAUCUUUACUUGUCAUUUAGUAUGCCUUCUUUGGGGAAGCAAAUGGGGGUGAUAUUGAAGAAAAUGCUGCCUCAUGGUCUAAGGGAGGUGACCUAAAGAUCAUGGCCACUAUGGUCUUUGUGGUGCUUCAGUGGCUCAAAGGAAAUAUUAGCAUCUUGAAUAGGAAGUCUAGUUCUGAUAGACUUUUACAGUCCUUCUCACAAUUAGCAGUGGCCAUUUACUCUACAUAAGUAUAGCACUAAUAUUCCACUUUAGCUGGCACUAACAGCCUCCUGUGGAACUGUGAGGCUUGUAAUUUGGUCAGAGUUAUCAGAGAACCUCUUUGGCUGGAAAUGCUUAAAGCCUCCAUCAAAAACUGCAUAUCCCAAGAUGGAAUCCUGGCUGUAUAAUGGCCUUGUGUAAAAGGGCCCCAAGGACUUCAUCACACUCCUAAGAGAGGCCUAAAUCUCAUAGCAUGUAGGAGGAGAAAGUAAACUGGAUUAGUCUUAUGGAAAUGCUUUGCAACCUUCAGUUGUCUUUAGAUGCAAGAACAUGUUUCUUUAUAGCUCACACAGCCAUAAGGAACAUUGGCAUUUGAAUUGGAACUAUGCAAAUGAUUCAUCCGAAUCCUAAAUCAGGCCAUAUUAGAUAAAGAGGUGAUGACCAAGAUCCUAUAUCAGAGCAUAACACCAUUCACAUAGUUUCAUACCAGGUCCUAGUAGGGGUUGCUCCUCCUUCUUACUGUUGUGGAGGAAGCAAUUCAGAGCAUGAAGUGACAUCCAGACUCAGUUCAGUGGCCAUUGCAGAGAAACUAGGAUGCAAUACAUUGUCCUUUCUCUUUCCCCUGGAAACUAGGGCAGCCAUAUGUACAUACAUGAUCUGAAUUGUCUCCCCACUCCCUUUCCCAAUGGGAAGAAGCUGCAGCACCCUACCAGGGGUUUGACUGCUGUCUGGAGGAUAAGUUUUGGGGUGAAAACAAGAGUAAGAGCAUUUUUAUCACUAAGGAUGCUGACCAGUUUGAUAAAGCUAUUUAUGCAUUAGGGCUUUUUUCUCACAAGGUGAAAACAAAGGACUUUUAUAUUGAGAUAAUUUUCUACAGAAUGGGUCUCCUAAAGUAAGGUCAUCAGUGGAUCUCAAUAUAUAUAUUUCAUAGUAGUGACAAAGUACCACCAAGGUAUCUUACCUAGAACAAAAUAAGAGCGCUUUCACUAACAUGUGCAAUGUUGUCACUAAUUCUAAUAUAGUACAUUAAGUAUGACCGCUAAGUCUACUUCAAAAUGAAAGCAUCCAGCUCCAGAAAUUUGAUAAAAAUUUAUUUUGCAUGUUGGUAUAUUGGAUCACUGGGGGAUUUAUAUUCCUUUCAUGUCCACUGUUCUUCAAUCUGGUUUCCUCCUUUUCCGUUUGCUCUGCACUCUCACUGCUAUAUGUUUGCUCUGUAGAAUAGUGUCUGCUGCAGUAUAUGUGAAGUCUUAUUUCUUCAGUGGUGGUAUUUUUUUCUAAUAGAGCCUCUAAGAGUAACGUAAUCUUCACCCACAUAGCCAUCUCUCAUUUUGAGGCUGCCAAAUAGUAAUUCAGUUUGUUUUAUUUAAGCUUAGCCAGUGAAUUCUCCACUUGGAAAACUAGAGUACUCCACUGGCUAGUAAUUUAAAAGCUUCUUGCAAAGCCUGUCAAGUUCAGGCUUGCAUAGCCAAGAUGCUGUUCCAGUUGUGUUGUUUGAUGUGGAAUUGGCUGGUCUGACUUUUGUAGUAAAGGAGGGGUGUUUGCUACCUCAUUAUUUAUGUUCUGCAUCAGGUGUUAUUUGGCCUUUGUAAAUUGUUAUUCUUUCUUCUACAGCAGUAGUUCCCAACCUUUGGGCCUCCACUUGUUUUGGACUUCAACUCCCAGAAAUCCCAGCAAGCUUACCAGCUAUUAGGAAUUGUGGGGGCUGAAGUCCAAAACACCUGAAGGAUCAAAGGUUGGGAGCACUGUUCUACAGUUUGUCUUCUGCACAUCCCAUGCAUGUUGCAAAACAUGUUGCAAUGCAAAAUCUGACUUGCUCUUCUAGUUUGGCAAGCACUGAUUUGCAGUUGUUUGAUCUUUUUGCUGGCAGAGUUAGCUCUCAUAGCUCUUACGAAGGAGGGCCAAGAUCCUGAAGCAGAAUAAGAGGAUGAAACUCCAUACUAUCUGAUCAUACUUGUAGUAUAUCAGCCUGUUCCACAAACAGGAGUGGAAGAGAUCUGAUAGAUGGGCCAACCUUCUGUUUUGUUGUUGGUCAUCAGUAGAUUAAUGGGAUUGCCUGCAAUGGGGGUCCAUUGCUACAGCUGAGCUAUCAGGAAUAGAAACUAAUCUUUCUUCUUUUGUGUAUUAUUACUCUAGCAGUGUUGCAGGGUUCAACAAGCACAUUCCAUUUGAUCCUGGUGUUUUCUAUUCUUUUCAUCCUUCCAGGUGCCUAACCUGUUCAUAUGUCCAUUUUGUAAAUAUUUUUUUCUGCAUCUGUAAUUUAAAUGUACAAUGGUUCACAUUUGUUGAGAAACUUUCCUGCCUAUUUUCAAACCUUUAUAUAGCUUCCUUGCCUCUGCCCUUCAGUCAGUGCCAUUUGGUGACAGGCAUCUUUAUAUUCCCUAGUUUGCCUGAACAAAUGAAAGGCCUGUUGCUCUUUUCCCCUUAUAUAGAAGCUCUGAUUCUGUGCCUUUCUGUUACCAGUUCUUUCAAUUCCAAAGUUUGUACUCCUGGAACUGCCUUACCUAUAACCAGUAAGAUAACUCACUCAUCUGACAACUUGGGUAGACGUUAUUAGUUGCUUGAUGCACAACUGGAUCAAAAGUUUAAAAAUAUUGAAAAUAUGACAAUUUAAACAAAACCUGAUGUUUUUCAAAGUGGUUCUAUGUUCUUUAUUUGUUACAGUUAGUAUUCAAAGCCUACCAUUAUACUUUGUUAUUAACUUUAGUGCUGAUUGCCUUUCUGGCAUGGGAAAUUUUUAUUUAAAGUGUUGAUGUUACUUUUCCCAACCUUUGGAAAUUGCCAAAUAGUGCUACAAUAUUUAUGUAUCAAAUUGAUUUUUUCCUGAAGAAACUUAAUUGCUCCGAUACAUUGGUUGAUAGAAGAGCCCAAGUAUGAUCCCCUUGCUAAAAGUUGCACCUACAUUACCAAAUACAUAAGAGUUACUUUAUGUUGCAGUGUUUUGAUACACCACUAAUACUCAAAUGUACUCAAUUGUGAGUUCAGAAGAAAUGGCUUUCACAAGAAGGAAACUUGUGAAUAUUGGUUCAGUGCUUCUUGUAAUGUGUGUCAAUCACUGUGUGUUUAAUUUUAAGAAAGCCAAAUAGUUCUUAUAUGACAUUUUCUAAUUGCUUUAACUAGAGCUGUUUCUUUGCUUUUGUCCUAAGAGAACAAAAGUUGGAGAUGUUAUUACCCUGGGAAAGCUUAGGUUCUUUGUUCAAGUGGGACAGACUUUCCAGCCAGAAUAUUAAACAAGGUUGAAAGCAACGUCUGCCCCAUUGAUUUUGCUUGGGGCACUUACUGCUGCAUUUUGGGGUUUGCUUGUUUUCCCUGACUGGACUAGCUUGCUUGCUUCUCAUGUGUGAUGUCUUAUCUUCCAGUAUUCCUGACCAUUAAUACUAGUUUAGGCUUGAGAUUUCUAGUCUGUUUGUUUUUUAAUUUAUUUUGCAGGUUAAAAAAAAUCCUCCUAGAAGAUAUUAUACUGGAGAAUUUUGUAUAACUUUCAAUUCAUUGUUUUAGUAUCAAUAAAUAUUUUUUUAACUUUUCA